AUGGGUCAGCAUCGUCUGGAUGAUACGGCUAUUUGGGACGAACAAUUGCACUAUAGCGCUAAAUUUUUACCCGUCCGGUUGGAGAUUUAUUUCACCACGUGCAGUACCGCAGCUGAAAAUUUUUCCAAGGAUGUUGAUGUGUCACUGUGUACCCACAUUAUACUGAUAGGACAGCUGACUCUUGAUAACAUUGGUUAUUUACAAGUACCAGCAGAUGAAAUCUCGCAGGGAUUUUCCUUGCUAAAAAAGCGACGCAAUGAUCUCAAGCUGUUGAUGUGCCUAACUGGCCCCAAUAAUGCUUUCACGACUCUGGUAUCACUACCUGAUACCAUCUCCGCCUUUGCAAAUGAUUCUUACACUUACCUGAAAAAAUUCGGUUUUGAUGGAAUUGAUAUUGAUUGGGAAUUUCCCACUUGGAGUGGAGAUGCUCGUCCGAGUGACAGAGUGAAAUUUCCUUUAUUACUGAAAGCACUCCGACAAAAAUAUGGAAAAGAAUUGCUUAUAACGUUGGCGGUAGCUGGACCACCAACAAUCACCAAGGUUGCCUAUGAUGUUCCGUCGUUCAACAGGUACGUCGAUCUAGUGCAAGUAAUGAAUUAUGAUUUUCACAUCUUCUCGUACCUGGACCCGGUGGUUGGAUUCAAUGCACCACUAAGGAAACUCAGGACCGAGAUCGGUGUAAUCGGAGAAAUGAAUUCGGAGGCUGCUAUGAAAACAUAUUUCAAAAUGGGACUUUGGAGAAACAAAACGGUGUUCGGUAUCCCAACGUACGGUAGAGGAUAUCGCUUAUUUAAUUGGAGGAUCAAUAAGCCUUACUCACUCGCUUUAGGCCCAGUAAACGACUACGCAAACUUUGAAGACCUGUGCAUACUCCUAAAAGAUCAAGAACGAUACAAAUACGUGUGGAAUGAUAGAGCUGCCUCACCCUACAUUUACGGUGUUGACAAGCUGUGGGACAGUUUUGAGGAUGUUCGUAGCGUGAAAACAAAAGCCCAAUACGCGAAAAGCUUAGAAAUAGCUGGCGUGAUGGUGUAUCACAUUGGAUCUGACGAUGCUUUUGGCACAUGUGGCAACGGUACAUAUCCUUUGAUUCGGGCCAUCAAGGAAGAGAUAAAAUUGCUCAAAUAA